AUGAAGAAAGACAGAAGGCUGAUAGUGCAGAUGCAUUUUGAAAGGCUGCUGAUAGCAAAUUACAGGAAGUCCACGAAUGACUUGACAGUCCAAUUUGAUCAACUCACUGAUGAGAAGAAGAAGAAUAAUGAGAAGGAUUUGGAGGAAAUGGACAAGAUGGUCAACGACUUGAAUGCUGAUGUCGACAUGGCACAUAAGCAACUUGACACUGCAAAUGAUGACAAAGAUGGCAAUGAAGCGAUAAAACAGAAAUACCAAGACAAACUGAAAAGUGUUAGAACUGAACUUUAUCAAGUAAACAAAGACCACACUAAGACCCAAUUAAUUAAAGGCAAGUACGAGAAGGAUAUUGCUGAAAUCAUAAGGUUCAUUUGCUCGGCAAAUACCAUUUGA